AUGGACGACUCAUCUACCACGCCCCUUGCCGACUACUUUUGGAUCGCGGGCGUAGAAACCAUCUCCUACGAUGACUUCCCACCGCCCAACUCCGACCUUGAGGCUACUAUUGCGGAAGAUGGAGAGAGCGAAGGGUCUGCGUUCGGCCUGAACGGCACGAGUGGCACGAGUGGCACAAACAGCACAAACGGCACAAAUGGCACCGCGAAGCACUCAGCUCGCCAUUCACGACAAAAUUCCGCCAACAUGUUUUCCAGCAGCCGAUUCUCCACCCAAACCCUCGAGGAGACCGACGGGAACACCAUGAGCAACCGGAGCAGUGUCACCAUUCGCCCUUCGCAAGCGUCCAAUAAUAAUAAUAACAAUAACAGCAGCAACACCGUCGACGGUGCGAACAUGAACACGAACUCCGGCUCGGGAACCGACAAAGCUCUUGGCGGCCCUCUCGACGGCUUCGACUUCGACAGUGCUCUGUUCAAGUUUGCCGCAGAACGUGAACAUUUCCUCGAAGACUUGACCUUCAGCGCUGGUGCGAAAGUGCAGUCCAGACCGCCCAUGGUCAACCCGAGGACCGAACGGAUCAAGGCUGAAGAGAGCGAACCAAGCGGCCGCAUGAGUCCCCUGCGCAACCUGGAGAGGAGUAUCAAGGGCAGCAUCCGUCGCAAGAUCAGCUUCAGGGACAUGAACAGCAUGAGGAGACAGCCCGCAACGGGCCGGUCAAGCACCCCCGGGGGAGGCUCUAUACGCACGUCGAAACGGUUGAGCAACUACAACUCCGUCAUUCCUCCUCCCGAGCCCCUCAACACCGAUCCCGACAUGCACCCUCUGAAGCGACGCUUCGAGCCCGUCCUACUGGACAGAUACCCGACCCGUGACGCGUCAGACGAGGUGUCACGACGGGGCAGAUUCCCAGACUACGUACCAAUGUUCGCGUUCCCCAACGACAUCCAGAUCGUGUCCUCCGACGAAAGGCCUCGUUCGACCUGGCACGGCUUCACGAUGACGUCCGACGACAACUCUAAAAUAUAUGGCAUCACCGUCAUCGUCUGGAACGCCCUUGCUUCUGACGUGGCAGAUGAGGUGGAGAAGAGGUGCGAGCAGUGGCGGCAGCGGCACAUGUCCAACGAGGAACGCGAGCUGGCCGCCAGCUUGGGAGUCAGGCUGGCUGCAGAGCGAGCUCAUCUCUCUCAACUGCUGGCAAAGCUGCCUACAGCGCCAUCGGGAUCCCAGGCUCGGGACAGGCUGGACGACCAGAUCAGCACCGUCGAAGAGAAGAUCAGCCUCAUGACCGAGAUGCUACGACCGCUACGGCACGGUGCAGCCUCCAAGAUCGACGGUCUGACGGCGGGGGAGACGGGCCUUUGGAUACCCAGAGCGUACGGCAUUCUCGGCCGCGAUCCCACCCGCAUGACCUUCUGGAAGGAAUGGUUAAGAGCGGUCAUUGUUCCCAUGACUGACGGCGGAGUCCUGCGCAUCCCGCCCAGCUCUCCCAAGGUGGGACGCUGGCAACCCCUCGAGCGCUAUGUCGUCAAUCUCUGUACCGAAGCAUUCAGCCCGCUGGGAUCUAAGACACAGGUCGAAAUCGGGGUCAGGGAACUACGACUUUACGCCAGAAAAGAAGCAGCCAACGAGAUACCCGGCACACGAACGAUCGAUCUGUACGCGCUAUUUCGGUGUCUGUCGCUCGACAACAUGAUGACACUCUUCGAGGCGGCCUUGGCGGAAUCCCGCAUCAUCUUCCUGUCGUCGCACACCGGCAUGCUGCAUUUAGCAUGCCAUGCCCUAGUCACUCUCUUGUACCCACUCAAGUGGGCAAGUAUUUUCAUACCCGUUCUCCCAGCACGGCUGCUAUCCGCCCUCGAGGCACCAUGCCCGUACAUUAUCGGCAUUGAGCGCCGGUACGAACGGAUUGAACUUCCCGACGACGAUUACGUCCUAGUCGAUCUAGACAAGGACACGAUUGACGCGCUACGGUAUGGCGUGGCGACCGGGCCCCCUCCAUAUGCGAUUGAGUCGUUCCCGUACGACGCGUUCUCUGCAGAGAACGCCUCGAUACACGUCCCCAAUGUUUCCUCCAGCACUCUUGCGAAGUGGGUAACGCAGAGUUCUUCCACCUUUGGCGAACCGACGCCGCCCUCCGAGACCCGCCCCCCCGUUUUCAAUGCGUUCAUGCACUCCAAGGUCGAUCCCAAUAAGCCGGACCGUCCGGGUACCAGUAAGUCGACCAAGACGAGCCCGCCAUCGUCCGUGUCCCCGGUCUCCAUGCACUUCCCACCAAUGCCGUCCACGCCGGUAUCUCGUAGCGAUUCGGGAUUCGCGUUGAGCACCACUCUGCGCGAAAAGAGGUCAGGUUACUUUAACGAGAACGGACGACGCAGCUCCUCUUUCGGCCUGGAGAGACACGGCCCGAUUCAUCGGCCUAGUUUGCCAUUCUUGAAUGGCCAUGCAGCCAACAUGUCCAUCUCCGCCAUUUCCGUCGACUCUCAAUCCUCUUUCGGUGCCGGCGUCGGCACUGGCGCUGGCGCUGGCGGCGUGUCUUACGCACCGUCCAUGUACGCACAGUCAACGCUUGCAGCCUCCACCAUCAUGCCCAACAUGCUCAUACAGCCUGUUCAUAACACCGACACUACCAUCUGGGUAGAGGGACAUUGCUUCAACUGGCUGGCAAACGACGCCUCCUCGUUCUGUACCAUCUGCGACGAGCGGUCCGAGGGCGAUGGCAUCUACAAAAAGUAUCUUGGCCGCCCGUCCAAGGAACAGAAGAAUAAUGGUCGCAUCUAUUCCUUCGACAUGGCCGCAUUUAUCAAGAGUCUCCCAUAUGAUCAACAAGAAUAUGCCGCUAUGUUGCGGGAGACGCAAGCAUUCAACGAAUUCAUCCAUGAGCGCGAGACCAAACCGGGGUCACAUCCGUCGGUUCGGCUAUUUGACGAAAUACUCAUGGCGAAGAGAGCACGCGGGCGACCGGGGAUAACAUCCGGGCUGUCCCGUCUUUCCACAAUCCGGUCGUCCCAUGGUGCCCCGAGCAGCGCAUCUGGCUUCGCGCCGCCCUCGCGGGGCAGGGUUCCGUCGUAUCUCAGUGAUACGUCGGAUCACCUUUGGCGGACAGCUUCGGUGCCAGUCCCCAGCGCCAAAUUCACCGGCGACUACCGAAGCAUUGUCACGAGGAUACCGUCUAAGCUCGACACCACUUUCAUCCGAGAGCCGCGGAUUGUUCAAGGCGUCCCUCGUCCGGAGCAACGCGGCACCCGUGGCCUAGUUCGGAAACAGGUUCCCAGCAUGAUCGGCACGUCGCCUACCGAAUAG